CACUGAGCCAAAUCCCUGGCCUGACAUUUGUUGUUUGUUAAGAAUGCUGGCCUGGAGAGUCACUUCCAGUUGGUUUGAGCACCGGGGCUGGGGAGCCCCAGGUAUUCCUGUCAGGGACGUCAGUGCCCACCGAGGAGGCCAUGGGCCGGGGAGUCCUCGGGCCGCCCUGCCCUUGCUUCCAGGCUCUGGGCCUCUGACCCCUGCGGUCCCUCCCCUCCGUUCCCUCCCGGUUUCGCCUCUGAAACUCCAAGGCUCCACGUGGCUGAGAUUUUACUAGGGCUCCCAGCUGGGUCCCACUUUGAUCUGGCUUCAAAAAAUAAAAAGCAGCAGCAGGAGAGCAAUUUUCCCUGGGCUGCCGCACGGAGGGAAGGCUGCAGGCAGGUCCUGACCAGCCCUGGAGUCAGAGCUGGCGGCGGGGGCGGGGCCGUCAGAGCGAGGCCUUCUCCUUCCCUUGCCUUCCUCCUCCUCCUCCUCCUCAGCCUCCUUCCAUUCCAGGCCGGGCAGAGAAGGGGCUGUGAGCCUCCCCAGGACCCUCUCUCCCGACCCCGCUGUCCCCACACCUCCCUGGCGUGCGGGGCUGGAUUGUGGCUGAGGCUCUGCUCCCGCCCUCCCCACCCUGGCCUGUCGCUGGGCGGGGCCUGGUGGUCAAGCCCGUACCCCCUGGCUGGGCCCUGGAGACAUUACUCAGGUGGCUCUCCGUGCCAGCUGGGCCCUCUUGGGUGGUUGCGGAGGAAGGGAGGGUCAGCCCUGCCCUGUGUGCCCAGCACCGCCAUCACCGGCCACAGGGCCCCACCCUCUUGGGCCUCGCCCGAUCUCGGGGACCCUUUUAAGUGGUUCCCGUGCAGCCGGCCGCCACUUCUCAGAGGUCCAGGGCUUCUGCAUCCUUAUGGGGGCAGGGGACUUCGGGUUCCCCCAGGGUUGGGAAGGAGUCACGGGUCCCAUCAGGAAGAAACUGAUAGCCGAGUUUGGUUGGACAGGAGCUGAGGGAAAGAGCUGGGUUGGAUACCUGCUAUUCCUGAGGGUCCCACCUCAGCCCUUCCACUCACGGGGACGUCCAUGUCCUUUUUUGGCCUCUUUCUCCCCUCAGGUAAGCAGCUUAUCCCACAUAUACAUUCCCAAAGUAUUUCCUAAAUAUGCGGCUCUGAGGCUGAGGCAGGAGGAUCCCAGGUUUGAGCCCAGCACGAGCAACUUAGUGACUUAGGAAGAUCUUGUCUCAAAACGGAGCCCCCCCACGCACGCACCUGUCCCCACUGCAGGAAGCACGUGCCCCCCAACUGCCCCGAGCUGCAGGGGGAGGAAGUUGCCCCCCUGCCUCCCCUGAGGGAAGAUGGGGAGGAAGCAGGGAGCCCCUGUCUCCAGCAGGGCGGGGCAGGUGGGAUCCCACAGCGAUAACCAUCCAGCGGCAGCUCCAACCUGUUCCAUGGGUGAGUAAUUUCUUUCCUGGAGGAGAAAGGUGAAGGCCUUGGUGGGGAGCAGUGCCGGCUGAGGUGUCCCUGCAGGCUUUGUGCGAGAGCUGUAGUAAAUCUCUCACCACCCACAGUUGGGGAGGGGGGCCCGCUACUUUCAUGUCCGAGGUUUUACACGGUUGUGCCUCGCCCUCCACCAGGCUCCUCGGCUCCUGCCCCAGCCUCUCCCCAGCCUGUAAAAGUCCAGCCCGUCCAUCCGCGAGCCCCCAGUCCCUCCCAUGCCAACCGCCACAGCAGGGUGGCAAGGACAGGAGGCCAGAGGCUCCUGAGAGGGGCAACAGCCGCCAGGGCUGCCUCCGCCCAUGGCUGCUGCCACCUGGCUGGGUGGGGAGCCUGGGUUCCAGCUUCCGGCCCUGGGGGGAGCCCUGCAGGUCGGAGGCUGUGGUGCCUACUACCUGUCAGUUUUCACCUGUGCCUCCUGAGACAGGUGGCUGUCCGCGUGCCAAGCCCCCAGGGGCAGUUGAAGGUGGCAGGCAGCCCAGUGACUGCCGCUUUCCUGGGGUGAAACAGGGAACCCAGGGAGUGAGAAAAGGGGGUACCACUGGCUGAGCCCCAGAGGGUCAGAGAUGACUCACGUGGCCCAGCAGAUUCAGUGGGGAACACAUUUUUUAUGUUUUGUUUGAAGCAGAGUCUCACUGUGUGGCCCAGGCUGGCCUCAGGCUCCUAGCAAUUCUCCUGCCUCAGCUUCUGCAGUGCCGGGAUGACGGGUGUGCGGCACCACAGCCGACCAGCGCAACAUCUUAACGCUCAAGGAGCCAGGGCCCUCACCAGGGACGCGGGCGUGGGGAAAGGGUCAGUGGCAGUCAUUGUGCAGAGAGCUGAGACCCAACCUGCUGUCAGCCCACGGAGCUGUGGAGAAAGGGAAACAGGGGAAGCCGGACGGGUCCCUGCUUCAUGGCAAGGACAGCAUGAAAGGGUUGCUGGGCAGAGCUGGAGGUGCGGGAAAGCAGCAGGCCGGCGGUAUGGGGGCACCAGGCUGAGUGGCCCAAAUCCCCGGAUCUCCAGGAAUCUCUUCAAAGUUCCAAGUGUCCAGCCUCAAAGCCACCGACAGGUACGGAUCUGCCCCUUCCCUGACCUCCCAUUCCUGCCCUCUCCGUGCCCUCUGGCCUCUGACCCCAGGCUGAUUGUGUCUCCUUCCCCACCCAGCCGUGCAGGGUCCACUUGGGCCAGGGCCUGUGUAGACCAGGGCACGCGGGGGCAGGAAGAGCCUGGAAGUCAGGAAAACCCAGUCCCCACCUGCUGGGACCUGGCCACCUGGGUCAGGGGAGAACUGACCGGGUCCCCAGAACACCUUUAUCCAGCGCUGGGGAGGGUGUGAGUUAGAAGGAAGUAUGCCUGGCCCGUCCCUCAGGGGCAGCACUGAGUUCCAGCCAACCCCUGCUCUGCAGAGGACCCGGGCCGGGCCAGCCGGUCUCGUCAAGGGCUCUCCAAGUUGAGGCACCUGAAUAAUGGCCCAACUUCUCAUGUAGAAGGAUCAAAUAAAUAAAUCAAAAAUCAUAAACGGGAGCCA